AUUUUAUAAAAUGAAAAAAAAUUAUAUCAAAUUUUACUAUUUUAUAAUAUCUAUCAUUUUAAAAUAAAACAUUGUAUUUAACUAAAUGCGAUAAAAUUAUUUUAAACUGAUAAAUUAAUAUAUUUUACAUUCAAAAACAUUUAAAAUUUAGGCUAGAAAUAUAAUAUGUUGGUAGAAUAGGUUAACAUUAGUAAAUUAGAUAAUUCACUUAUAAAACUAACUUAUCUUAAACUUUUAUAUAAUCAAUUAACUUACAACAUGAAAACUAUCAAAUUGUUAUAUUUAAAAUAAUUAUAUAUAACCAUUUAAAUAUAUAACUUUAAGAAUAUAUUCUACUUAUGUAAAAUAUAUAUAAACAUAAAAAUUAAUACCCGCACGGUUGUGCGGAUCCAAAUCUAGUUUUCUUAUUUUAAUUUUCAAGUUUAUUUAUUUAGCCUUUUUGUAAAACUAAAUGUAAAAAAUGUUAUAUUGUAUAUUUUAUAUUGUAUAUUUUCUUAUACUGUACAUUUUCGAAUAUAUUUAUUUAACCAUUUAUAUGAAAUGGUAAUAUUACAUUAAUGACAGUUACCAAAACAAAAUGCCACGUGGCUUUUUUCCAGAGAAUGAUUUUUCUCUAUUUAUUUAUUUUAAUAUAAUUGAUGCUUAUGUAAUAUUUCUUUUUUUUUAUAUUGUAUAUUUACUUAUCACUUAUUUUGCAAUACAUUUUUCAGAUAUAUGUUUAAUUAUUUAACUCAAUAUUAUCAUUUCUUAUAUUGUUAUUUUCUUAUUUUAAUUUUCAAGUUUAUUUAUUUAACCUUUUCGUAAAAAUAAAUGUAAAAAAUGUAAUAUUGUAUAUUUUUUAUAUUGUAUAUUUUCGAAUAUAUUUAUUUAACCAUUUAUAUAAAAUGGUAAUAUUACAUUAAGGACAUUUACCAAAAAAAAAGUCUCGUAGCUUCUUUCGGUUGAAUGAUUUUUUGUUGAUGUGUACGCUAUGUGGAUCCUCGAAGGUCUUUUUAUUAGUAUAGAUUUAAUGUCUGUGUGACAAUUGAUAUGUUCAUUUUCAUCUUUUUCUACAUGUUUUCUUAAUUGACAUACUUAUUUUUUUUAUAGCCAUCUCUCUUUACUUCUUUCCAUUAUAGUUUUAUCUUCAGAUUGUUUUUCUUUUCCAAACAAAGUUUAUAUCUAUUAUCUUUAAAAAUCCAUAUUCUCAAUUGCUAGUAAAUAAAACAUCAACUAAUAUUAAAUAGUAAACAAUCUCUUCACCUUUAUUUAACAUUUUAGGAUUUAUUUACUUAUGAUAUGAUAACAAAAAGUUAUAUAGUAUGAAUUGACAUAAUAUUAUAUAUAAUAUUUUCCUAUAGAUUUUAAAAAUUAAGUUUAAUAAGAAUGUAAUAUUACAAUUAAUAAUAUUAGUAAAAAUAAUAAAAUAUGUAUAUUUUAUAAAUAUAAUAUUAUGAGUCGAAUAAAAUUAAUAGUUUUAUAUUUACAGCUUAUAAUUAUUUUAAUUAUUAUAUAUUUUAAUUAAAAUUUAUACCUCCGUCAAAUGAUCUAUCUAGAUCCGCCACUGGUGUGGAAGAUGUAUAAUAUUAUAUCCUUUUUGACAAAUAUUUUAAAUAAUAAACGCAACUAGCUUAGAACCCUUCAAGUAUUCAAAAAAUCAAGCUCAAAUUUGACAGGUGCUUCCGGAGUCGGGUGUCUCUAUGUGUCAUCUCGACGACACAACGGCAGAUACAAUUACAGGAAGAUGCCGACUUUGGGAUGUUUAAGUUCGGGUGGGGAUGAGAUUACUAGUUCAAGAUUAAGUUAAAUUGUUAAGACAAUUGUUAGGUUUUCUGGCUUUCAAAAUUGGAUUUUUUUUUUAAGGUUGUAAAUGUUGUCAUUUUAUUUAAUCGCUAUUUAACAAAGACAAAGUAAUACAUUGAUUUUCGUACAAGAAUCUAACGUUCUUUUCAACAAUCUAUAUGAUGGGGUGUAGAAAUGUACAUACAAAUAUAAUAUGUUUAAUAAUUAUUAACAUUUUUAGAUAAGCAAAAGAGUUAUUACAACAAAACCUAAUCAGUUUAAUGAAGGGAAAGCGAGGGUUUUGUCUUAAAGCCCACGAGAAAGAUACGAACUAGAAAAAUGUAGUCCCCACAUCACACCCCGCAUGUGGACACAUUUCAUCGUGUUAACAGUGACACCCAAACCGAAACCAGCCUUCUUCUUUCUUUUUUUUCUGUGCAAGAACAUCCUUCUUUUUUCUUUUUUUUUCUUGGUCAAACAGACCAUCCUUCUUCUUAAUUGUAAAAAAAUAAGUUUUAAACAAGUUUUUAUUUAUUUUGAAAUAGAGUAUGACAGAGAUGGACCUCAAGGUCAUAUAUGCCUUAUUAAAAAGAAGAAGAAGAAGAAGAACACAAAACAGGAGAGAGAAAGCGAGGGCUUUGAGGUUUGUCUUUGUAUUAUAACACACACAUACAUAAUAGUGUCUUCUUCUUCUUCUUUUUUUUUUGUUCAAAAGUGUGUCUUCUUCAUCAUCUUCUUUAUCAUCAUCAUACAUCAUCCUCUUCUUGGUUCUUUCUUAACCUCCGAUUUAUAGCUUUUUGACUAUUUUUUUCUUCUUAUUCUUGGUUGUUUUCUCUUGAUCUCAGUUUAUAAUCUUACACGCAAAGAAGAAGAUCUAAGAUGUCGUCAUCAUCAUAUAACGCAAGUGUUGCUCCAUCAUCAUCCUCAGCUGAGCCGUUCUUCCUCACUGGUUCCGGCGUCGGAGAUAACGAAUUUGACCGGAAAGAUACUUUUAUAUCAAUGAUACAAGAACCUAACUCCUCAGCUCAACCACCCAAGAAACGAAGAAACCAGCCCGGAAACCCAAAUCCUGAUGCGGAAGUGGUAGCGUUAUCUCCAAAGACUCUAAUGGCUACGAACAGGUUCAUAUGCGAUGUAUGCAAGAAAGGGUUUCAAAGAGAACAGAAUCUACAGCUUCACCGAAGAGGACAUAAUCUCCCAUGGAAGCUCAAACAGAAGUCAACCAAAGACGUGAAGAGGAAAGUGUAUCUUUGUCCGGAACCCACGUGCGUCCACCAUGACCACUCACGUGCUCUCGGAGACCUCACCGGAAUUAAGAAGCACUAUUACCGUAAACACGGAGAAAAGAAGUGGAAAUGCGAGAAAUGUUCAAAGCGUUACGCUGUUCAAUCGGAUUGGAAAGCUCACUCUAAGACUUGUGGUACUAAAGAGUAUCGAUGUGACUGUGGUACCAUCUUCUCUAGACGCGAUAGUUAUAUUACACACAGGGCUUUCUGUGAUGCAUUGAUACAAGAGACUGCUAGAAACUCUACCGUGAGCUUCACGUCUAUGGCAAGUGCUAGUAGCGGGGCUGUCUCCGGUGGAUUUUACAGGAGACUCGACGGUGGCAACGCUCUCGCCCACCGCAAUUUGAACGACCAUCAUAACUCCGGAUUUUCAACUAUUCCAGGUUACAAUCUAAACAUUGCAUCUUCUGAAAAUAGCAGAGACUACGUGCAGCAAACGUCAGACCCUAACUUCUUAAUCCAAAUCUCAUCGAGCCAACGGAUGCUGACUGUACCGAACAACAACGAUCAGAGUUUCAUGAACGAACAUGGUAUGAUCCAGUUUGAUCCAGUCAACAACACUAACCUAAAGAGUAACACCAACAACAGCUUCUUCAACCUCGGAUUCUUUCACGAAAACACCAAGAACUCAGAGACGAGUCUUCCUUCUCUAUACAGCACCGACGUUCAUACACGUUCUUCUAAUGUGUCAGCCACGGCGCUGCUUCAGAAAGCUACUCAAAUGGGCUCCGUUACAAGCAACGACCCUUCUGCGUUCUUCAGAGGCUUAGCUUCUUCGUCUAAUUCGUCAAGUGUGGUUGGUAAUGACUUUGGGGGAGGGCAGAUUAUGGGGAACAAUAAUAACGGUAGCCUUCAAGGUCUAGUGAGCUCACUAGUGGCCGUAAAUGGCGGUGGUGCUGGCGGAUCCGGUGGCAAUAUCUUCGACGUUCAUUUUGGAAACAUUGAAAAUAUGAGCGGCUCGGACAAGUUAACGUUGGAUUUUCUUGGAGUUGGAGGAUUGGUGAGAAAUGUAAAUCGUGGUGGUGGUCAUGGCGACGUUCCGGAGCAAAACCAUACAUUUGGAAGACCUUGAUAAAAUCAUCCAUUACUAUAGAUCUUUACUGAACUCUUUAGGUUUGAUUUUGAUUGAAGUCUGCCUUUUGUUAUGCUGUUAUAUAAUAAAAACAAUGUAAGGUUGCUACUUUGUUGUUUAGAACCGAAUAUGAAGUACCUUCUUUGUUAUGUAUAGUUAAUAUUCGGUUGCUGAUAUUCACUUA